AUGUCCGAGUCUCCUACAUCCGAGAGGUACAUGUACCUGACCAGGUACAGUACCCCGGUCCCCGAACUGGACGAUCACCGCCUCCAGAUGCAGACACCUCCACGCAUUGAGGUACCGGUCGAGCGUUCUUACAGCCCGCACGAUACCACUCAAGGUCCUGAAAUUCUCGAUCGUCCAGAUUUGCUCAGUGCACAAGAUGCUCGAAGAGACGGUCCGAUUCCCCGAGACUUCGAAAAUGCCGACGACAAUCGUUCGUUGAAUGAGUUGAAUGGUCUCGGUCGACGGUUCUCAGUCGACCAUAACGCAACCUACCAGACUCCUCGUCGCAUCAGCAUUGUGAACCCGGAUCUCGCCAACGCUUCUGCUGCCUCGUCCGUGUCCGCUCGAUCUUCCUCUCCUCCCAAUUCAGUUGAGGCUUUUGCCGAUCCGCGUCGCCGUGAGCGUGCCAAUACCCUGGAUAGCCAUGCGCCUCCCGACCUAGAAGCUAUUCUGCAGCGCACCGUUUCGGGUGGUACCCACAACCGGCGUCCAACUUUCAGCAAUGCCAGCGCCAUUCACCCUCAGUUGGGUGAUGUGCCAUUCGACACAGCAGAAGAGGCCUGCUUCGAGGAGCCAGGCCGUAUUCCCGUCAUCGAUUACGAGGAGCUCGAGGAGUUUGUGGCUCUGAAUCCGAGCAUUAAAGUCGCCGAUGCCGAUCGCCGCAAGUACAGCAUGAGCUCACAGAGCAAGAGGCCGCGCAUAUUUUACGAUCUCCGCCCUGGCGCCGAAAGCCCUGAGAUAGGUGCAAUGAAAAAGAAUGGCUCGUCUGAUACACUGAGUGAAGAUGGAAAGAAGGAAUCCGCGGUUACAGACGAAAAGGAGCGGUUUAAAACACGCCAGAAUGUCAACCAGCGCUCUCGCUUUGGGUUCUUUUCAUCCGAAUCUCAAAGCACAGUGCAUGCUGCCGAUUUGGGAGAUCUAGUGCUCCCUGGCGAAACCUUCCGGGAUCUUUUCGAGCUUGGACCUGAGGGAGGUGUGUGGUGGUUGGAUGUGGCUAACCCCACCGAUGAGGAAUUGGGAGCUAUCUCCCGGGCUUUCUCUAUUCACCCGCUGACAACGGAGGAUAUUCAAACCCAGGAAGCCCGCGAGAAGGUUGAACUGUUCAAACAGUACUACUUUGUCUGUUUCCGGACCUUCUUCCAGACGGACAAAACAAGUGAGGAAUUCCUUGAGCCUGUUAAUUUCUACAUGGUUGUCUUCCGAGACGGUGUCCUCACUUUCUCUUUUGAGGACAACCCCCACGCAGCCAAUGUUCGGAAACGUAUUGGAAAGCUGCGAGACUAUGUGGCUCUCAGUAGUGACUGGAUUUGUUACGCGAUGAUCGACGACAUCGUGGAUAGCUUCGGCCCCGUCAUUCGAGAUGUGGAAUUGGAGUCCGAGGCGAUCGAAGACCACGUGUUCAUCGCCCGAGUUGACGAUUUCGAAUCGUUCCUCCCUCGCAUUGGAGGCCUGCGCAAGAAGGUCAUGAGCUUGAUGCGCCUGCUAGGCGGCAAGGCCGAUGUCAUUCGUGGAUUCUCGAAGCGCUGUAACGAGCAGUACUCGGUUACUCCCCGUGGUGAUAUUGGUCUUUACCUGGGUGAUAUCCAGGAUCACGUCGUGACUAUGAUGUCGAACUUGGCGCAUUUCGAAAAAAUGCUCAGCCGGUCUCAUACCAAUUACUUGGCUCAGCUGAAUGUCACCAACUUGGUGCUGGGAAACCACGUCAACAAGGUUCUCAGCAAGGUCACCCUGAUUGCUACGAUCCUGGUCCCCAUGAAUUUGAUCACUGGUCUGUUCGGUAUGAACGUAGAAGUUCCCGGCGCCCACGCAGAAGGAUUGAAUUGGUGGUUCGGCAUUCUUGGAGUGAUAGCAGGCAUUGUUGUUGAAGAGGUUUACAGCUGGUGUAUACCACCGCUUGCCAGUGAUAAGUUUGCUCGCCAACUCCAAUUCUGCCCAUUGGCUGUGCAGCGACACCCUCCCCGCCGUCCUUCCAUGCGACGCCAAUACAACGCGCUGCAGUGCUAUAUUACUGCAACGAUUAGCGCGAUCUUCAUUCUUUUCGCACUCACCUGCGACUCGGUUGCCUAUGCCUAUUCCGAUGCCCCCAAUGGCCCAGAUACAGAGAGCACUUUAAACCUCCGAGGGGUGGAUACCAGCGACGGGGCCGGACUCCCAUUUGCGCUGGACUCGUUCAAUGGGCUGGAACUUCGCGACAGUGUCGACGAAGAUGGCGAGUCAAAUGGGCUGGAGCUCGUUCGCAGAUACCCUAAUGCCGUGAAAGCAUUGGGCAACAAUCAGUUCGAGGAGUCGAAGGACCCGCUCGAGAUCGGCGCUGUCCACUGGUACUACCUGCCCAAGACCGUGGUGAACGGCAAACACGAUCCUAAAGGCGCGGGUCUUCCUGCAUACAUGAAUGCUACGGAUGAAGAUAACGAUGCCGAUGACUCAGCAUCUGAGCUACGGAAACGAGACGAGGACUUCUCAAAGCGAGCGUUGACGACAGUCUACUUGUCGCUCACGACCUGCAAAAAAACCACAUACCAACAAAACCGACUCACAAGGUGGGUUCCCGCAGUUGCAAGUCCAGGCCCAGGCAAAGACGACUCGCAGCAAGAUAUACACACUGCUGUUGGCGGGUAUGUGGGAAUCACAGUAGACACGGACAGCGACGUUUUCAUCGGCGUUGCAGCGCCUAAUUCAACCGACUACACCGGAAGUUACACGUACCAGAUCGCAGCAUCUAUCGAUGACUUUUUCCACAAUAUCGUGGACAAUGACCCAAAUCUAUUCUUCAUCGACGCAGACGUGUCAGCCGCGCUGCUAGUGACGAACAACCUGACCCAGUCCGCGGAAAACUCCACAAAUUACCAGCAAUGGAUGGAUAUUGUGCCUCCGUAUACUAUGUUUGCCCACAACAUCAACGAUACAGCACUGCAGGGCUUGGAGAAAUCGUUCUGCGCCCUCGACACACUUUCGCAGGUGGGCCGAAUCAGCAAUUCAACCGAGGUCGGCAUGACCAAUCGCGGACUUGGCAAUAAGCCCAAAGAACAGUUCUACAUUACUGGCCUGAACCAGAGUUCAUCGUACAGCGGUCUUCUUGCAAUGGUGGGCAAUUCGACCGCGUCCGGGAAUGGCAUCAUCGGCGGCGGCGGCAAGGUAUGGCAACCGAUGAAUUUCACGACCAAAGCAGAUGACAACUGCGCCGUGUUAUUCAACCUAACCUUCUGCUCGGAAGUCGCAUACGCAGUCCCCUCAAACCCCAAACUAAGCGUCGACAAGCUCCGCACAAUCUACGACGACCACGCUGCCGCCUUCUAUCAGAACUUCAUCUAUUCCCUCCAACAAGUCCAAUGCAAAACAAACGAAGAAUCUAUGUUCUCCCUCGCUGUCAACUGCGACGACUGCGCAAGAUCCUACAAACAAUGGCUCUGCGGUGUCACGAUCCCCCGCUGCGCGGACUACAGUAGCGACGCCAACUACCUGGCCGUCCGUAACGCAGGCCAGCCCUUCAUCAAUGGCUCUUCUCUGCCGGAUGACAGUCCGUACCGUCAAUCCGUGGCAUCGAAUACAUCCCGCAAUUCUAUCAUCGAUGAGAAGAUCAAGCCCGGUCCCUAUAAGGAGAUCCUGCCCUGUCAGGAUAUCUGUCAUACCCUGGUUAAGGAUUGUCCGUCUGCACUUGGCUUCGGGUGUCCUGAGGGCGCGUGGAUGAAUGCUUCCUAUGGCUAUCGGAAUUCAGAUGGUAUCAUCACUUGCUCUUAUCUCGGGGCUGUGUACUAUUUGAAUCUUGGUGCGAAGCUGGGUGCUUGGGAUUGGGUGUUUAGUCUGGUCGUUAUGGGGGUUAUGUAUUUGCUGUAG